AUGAAUUCAAUAAAUACAUGUGAAAAUGAAAUUGAAUGUUCAAAAAUAGCAUAUUUUUCUUGUUAUCAUUGUUCAAAAAAUUUAUGUCUUGAACACCUUAACAAACACAAUAUUUUAAAUAUUGUACGAGUACAAGAAUUAUCUAAUAAAUUAGAUGAAUUUGUAAAUCUUGUUUCAAAUCUUGAUACUCAAAAAAUAUCUCAAAAUGCUCAUGAUAAACUUGAUACUUGGAAAAAACAAAUAUCUAAUGAUAUUGAAAACAUCUAUAAAUUAUAUUUAAAUGAAAUUAAUUAUUUAGAAAUAGAAUUAAAUCAACGUUUAAAUAUUGUUAAAGAAGAUAUAAGAUUAAAAAUUUCAAAUUUAGGAACACAAUUAUUAACAAUACAAAAUAUUGAUGAAAUAUCUCAACAGCAAUUAUUACCAAUCGAAUAUGAUCUAAAACAAUUUCAUCAAUUUUUUGAAUCAGUUCAAUGUGAACUAAAUAUCGAUACAAAAAAUAUUUCUAUUAAAGAUUUAAUUAAUGUAUAUAAUGUAUUUUCAUAUAAACGAACAUUACCAAAUAAUACUCAACUUGAAUCUUAUCGAACACUAUCAGUUGAAAAUAUGAAAAAAUUUAUAUCAAGUAAAAAUAAUGAAUCUAUUUUAUGGAUAGAUACUUCAAAACAAUUACACUAUAUUGAUAGAAAUUUUCACAAUCGUCUAUUAAACAUACCACAAACAUCUUCGAUUAUAUUAUCUAAUCAUCAUCAAAUAAGAAUAAAUGAUAUUGAUAUUGUAGAUAUUAAAUGGUGUUCAUCUGUUGAAGUAUUUCUCAUUCUUUUUCAACGAUCUUUACUUUCAUUUAAUCAUAAAACAAAUCAAUUUACACAAAUUUCUAUUACACGAUACAAAAAUUAUCCUUUUCAGUGUAUAUCUUGUUUCAAUGAUACAUCACUUUAUAUUUCAUAUUGUACAUUUGGUAUAUGUAUUGAAUUAUGGAAAUAUUCAUAUGGAAAUGGAAAUGAUAUUUAUUUGAAUGAAUGUAUUAACCGAUGGGAUUGGUUAACGAAUGAUAAAAAUGAAUGGAUAUCAUAUAUAAAUACAAUUUCGAAUUUACAUAUAGGUUUACUUAUUUGUAGAGGUUCAUCGAUUUAUAGACGUUUUGAAUUACGUAAUGAAAAUUUAAAUUUAUUAAAAAUAAUACAAUUAGAUAAUGAUUAUGUUGAUAGAUUUUUUCCAUUUCGAAAUAAUUAUUGGUUUAUUAAAAGUUUAUCUGAAAAAUAUUAUAUUUAUUCAAUAGAAACAAAUACAUAUCAUUUAUCAUCAUUUGAUUUUCCUUUUGGAUUAGAAGAAUUUGGAAUUAAUUCAAUAGUUAUUGGUAUUGAACAAGAUAAAUUAAUAUUAUGUGAUAUUUAA